UUUGCUGCUUUUUAUACCCCGACAAAUCCCACUUAAUUUUAUGAUAUACAUGUCGUUAGCGGCAGCACACGGUCGCAGCUGCAUAUACAAGACAAUGGGUUUUUAAUGGCAAUAGUUGUAACCAUGUAGAGCUUAGUGAGGUACUUUAAACAAAUGCAGAUGUUGGUGUUUCCUUUUAGAAAUGUGACUGUGGACUCCUGUGAGCAGAAUGUGGAACAUUUAUUUAAUUGCAUACAUGCACAUUUCUCUCGUGGUCUAUUGUUUCCUACAGUAUCGUGUGGUGUGUUUACAAAGCAGAACUUGGGUUUUCUGCAGCCACGCCACUCGCCGGCCUAACGUCAGAUUACUGAAAGCUUCCCUUGCAUGAGAUGUCCCCUCGGACAUUAAAGCCCGGAUUAUUCCAGGACAUGAAAGCACGUCGUUACAUAAUGUAAAUAACAACAUUGCAGCCACCGUGUGUUCAGAUUGGUGCGCUCUGCACGAUGUCCCGGAUGGUGCUCGCACCGGAAGAGAAGGGGCAGCUCUCCCAGCCAUCUUGUGGGAGCAUCCAGCGAAUUGUUCGCAUCAAGCCUCGUAGAAUCGGAGGUGAAUCCCGCUGAAGGGGCGCCAUCAUGCCCGGACACCUGCAAGAAGGCUUCGGCUGCGUCGUAACCAACCGGUUCGACCAGUUAUUGGACGACGAGUCGGACCCGUUCGAGAUCCUGAAAGCUGCUGAAAACAAGAAGAAGGAGGGGGCCGCCGGUGGUUCCACCAAGACCGCAGCUCAAGCCGCCAAGCAGCCGAAGAAAGAGUCACAGAAGGACAGGAAGAACCCGCUGCUGGACAAGAAGGAAGAGUCCCAGGCUCCAGUCCCCCUGAAGAAAGAGGGUAUCAGGCGGGUGGGCCGAAGACCAGACCAGCAGGGCCAGCCUGGUUCCCAGCACCAGGGUGGGCAGGGUGAAGGGCGUCCUGGCGACAAGAGGCCGGACCGGAGACCUCCUCGAGAGCGCCGUUUCGAGAAGCCCACCGAGGACAAGCCUGAGGGAGGUGGCGAGUUCUCUGCAGACAAGCCUUCUGGAGACAGGCCUCCGAGAGGGCGUGGUGGCGGUCGGGGUGGGCGUGGUGGAAGAGGACGGGGCAUGGGCCGAGGAGACGGUUUUGACUCCCGCGGGAAAAGAGACUUCGACAGACACAGCGGCAGUGACAAAUCCAAUCAGAAAAGUGACGAGAAGCGCAGUGGCAGUGGCUCACACAACUGGGGCAAUGUGAAGGAUGAAGUGAGUGAGGCUGAACAGACUGCUGCUCCUGAGACGACCCCAGAGGGAGAGGAAAAUGCACCUGCCAGUUCUGAGAACAAGGAGAAUGAGGUUGAAGAAGUGAAAAACGAAGGCCCCAGAGAAAUGACCCUGGACGAGUGGAAGGCCAUGCAGGACAAAGAGCGCACCAAGGUGGAGUUUAACAUCCGUAAGCCCAACGAGGGAACUGACAGCCAGUGGAAGAAAGGAUACGUGCUGCACAAGUCCAAGAGUGAAGAUAGGCCAGUUGGUGCUUUGAUUGACGCCUCAGAGAUGGAAGCAGACGCGCACACUCUGUACCAAAAGGGCACCGCUGACGAGUCCGGCGACCACCAUUUCCGCAAACCAGCCAACGACAUCACAUCUCAGCUGGAGAUCAACUUUGGAGAUCUAGGUCGUCCUGGCCGCGGGCGCGGGGGAGCGCGUGGGGGCAGGGGAGGCCGCGGUGGGGGAGGCAGCAGGACAGCACGCGGGGGAGGACGGUCUGAAAAGGCUAGUGGAGUGUCAGUCCCCAACGUGGAUGAUCCUGAGGCCUUCCCAGCCCUGGCCUAAAGGCUCCUUUUCCACCACCAGCCCACUCAUCAGCCCUUCCGGGCCCCUCCUCUACGAGGCUUGCAUGCUUACCACAUCUUCAAGUAUAUAAGAAAAUGAAGAAAAAAAAAAAGAUUUUAAUGACAUAAAAAAGACUGUCAUCCCAUACCACUCACACCACCAGAGGACUAAAAUUUUACCUGUUUUAAAGGAGAACAAAAGACAAAAAAAAGACGGAAAACGGACCUCUUGUUACACUGAAGUUUUGUAUUUAGGAACAUGAAAGCAGGGAUGUUUUCAUACUUUUUUCUUUUUUUCAGAGAUUAUGCAUACUUCAUUGAUAUUUUUUUGUGCUGCUUGAAAUUUAUGCAUUUCUGCGAUUAGGUUGAAGUGUGUAUCUCUUCCCCUGAAGCUUUUGUGCUUUUUUUCCUCAUGACUUCAGCUCAGUAUUAUGGGGUUAUCUUAGACUUUCUACUGGAGUUUUUUUUCCAGUAAUACACACUGAUGUGGUAGCACUUCACUACAUAGGAAACUUGUAAUAGAUAUCUGAAGUAUGACUUAACAUGCAUUUAAAGUGUAAUUACUCUGAUCCUGACUACCAAUCCCUUUGCGAGGCACAAAUUCAGGAUGGGUAACCAGGCAAAGUGACUUCCUACUAAAGCUUUGUAUUUUCUGCUUGUUGUGCAGUGAAAGUAAAUGCCUCUUUCCUGUUUUUUUUUUUUUUUUUGUUUUUUUUUAAUAGCUUGCCUUUUAGUGGACCAGUGGUUAGUUAUGCUUUGUAUCCCCUGAACCAGAUGUGCUACCUGUGUUUUCAGGGUUUCCCAGGGCCCAAUGUAUAUUUUUAGGCUGGUCCUCUUAGGUCAUACAGACUGUACUACUUGUAACUUCAGGACCACUAAGCAAAUAUUGUAUUUUUUUGUUGUGUGUGUGUGUGUGUGUGUGUGUGUGUGUGUGUGUGUGUGCGUGCGUGUGUUGUGCGUUGUGCAAGCACACUUGUGAGUGAGAGUGCAGAAAAAUGAGAGGCUGAAUGUGUGAACUUGACAGCUAGUAACUUAGAAUUUAAGUAUUCCUCUAUGAACUUGUCAUUUUCAAACAGUAGACUGCAAGUUGUCGCCUGAAGUAGUUCAUAAUGUCUUCUGAGAAGUGAAUGUUGAUAUUAAGGUGAGAAUGAUUUAUGGACCGUGGACAUAUCUUGCUCUUAAGAGUAUCUGUAAUGUCUUUCAGAUCUCAAAGCACUUGGUUUUAUCAGCACCAGUCCUCUGAAGAUUGUUUUUCCUCCCCUUCUGUGAACCAUAUUUGCCAGUUUUUUUGUUUUGUUUUUUUUUUUUUUUCAAUUUUUGUUCAGUGCAGCAGCACCAAUGCAUAAUUUGUCUGAAAGAAAUGCCAGCUGUCAUUGUGGAACAAUCAUGAGCUACAGAAUGUAAUGUAAGGUAAUGGUGCUUUUAGCCACCUGUGUCAGCAUUUCCAGUGAGCUUUUUUUUUUUUUUUUUUUUUUUUUUAUUUUUUUAAAUGAAGUGGGUAUAUUUCACACUGGGGUGAGGGGCGGGGGUUAUACUGAAGACAUUACGGAGUGAAUAAAAAGCUUUACAUGCUGUGCUCUGCAAAGACUUGCUGGUGAUGCACUGAUACAGACGGCUGGAGCAGUUUUCUUGUAGUACUGUUUGAGCCACAUGACGGUGAAACUUACUUUGCAAACAUCCCUGUUCUAAUAAAUUGCUUUAGAGGUGUUACAUGUACUCUGCCAAUGGCUGUUGGGUUGUUUAAAAUCAGUACUGUGAUUUUAAAGGUGUAAACAAAUGUGCUGUUGACUCUUUAUUGGUUUAAACAAAACAAAGCUAUGGUGUAUUUCAGGGCUACAGUAUUCCCAAUUAAUCCAGUAUAGACUAAAGGGGAUAUAAACUGUCCAGAACGGUUUGAUUUUAUAGUCAGUUGCCAGUUAGUUAGGCAGCAUGUGAAUAAAAAUGUGUUGUACUAAGCAGGUAUUGUAAGAUUUAAUCUUACCUUCCUAUAGGUUAUGAUGGUGACUCAGUUUAAUCGACAUUGAAGUUGUAGUGUGAAGUACCUUUUUUAAAUUUUACAUUAUACUGAAAAGUGUGUUUAGUAUUUUAGUCUACUUUCAUUUGUAUCCGUUGGUAGGAUAGCAUAACUCAAACUAACUCAAGUCAACCAGUGAACAGUUUCACCAAAAACUACACUGUAACACUGAUGAAAGUAGGAUUUACUGCAGGACUGCUGUAUUAGACUAUUAGUUUUAGCUAGCUGUACCUAACUGCACAGGCAGCCUUAAGACUUGUCUCAGCUGACGUCCCUUAAUUUAUUGUAUUUGUCAUUCGUGUAUAUUGUGUAUACAUACUGUACCUUAAAUUUUGUCUGCAGUUUCAUAAGUUAAAAUUAUGCGUUGUCGCUUCUAUAGUGAGGUUUUAGACCAAACUCGCUGUUUUCAAUGAUGUAGCUAGCGUUAACCGAAUGGUGUGCGACAGGAGUUAAUGAGGUUGUCCCGCGUUAGAAACUUUUGGAA